AUGGCAAGUUUCUCUUUCUUCCAACGUCUUUCUAGAACUUUCCGUGACAAUCACAGAACCGUUAAGCUUGUUCUUCUUUGCACCGCCGUAAGUGGUGGUGGUAUUGUGGCAUAUGGUGAAUUGGCUCCAUCGGAAGCGGUUACCGAUAGGAAAAAGGUGGUGGUGCUCGGAACUGGUUGGGCGGCAACGAGUUUCAUGAAGAAUCUGGAUAAUCCGAAGUAUGAAGUUCAAGUUAUUUCGCCUCGCAAUUAUUUUGCAUUCACUCCUUUGCUGCCUAGCGUGACGUGUGGAACAGUCGAAGCGCGCAGCAUUGUUGAACCUGUUCGCAAUAUUUUUAGGAAGAAAAAGGUGGACGUGCAAUUCAGUGAAGCAGAAUGUUUCAAGAUUGAUGCUGAAAAUAGAAAAGUUUAUUGUCAAUCUAAUGGAAACAAUAGUUUGAAUGGGAAAGAAGAAUUUGUUGUGGACUACGAUUACCUAAUCAUCGGUGUGGGUGCUAAUGUCAACACAUUUAACACGCCAGGAGUAGUGGAGAAUUGUCAUUUUUUGAAGGAAGUUGAAGAUGCGCAGAAGAUUAGAAGAACAGUUAUAGACUGUUUUGAGAGAGCAAACUUGCCUGAAGUAAGCGAGGAAGAAAAGAAAAGAAUUCUUCAUUUUGCUAUUGUUGGAGGCGGGCCAACUGGAGUAGAGUUUGCAGCUUCACUUCAUGACUUUGUUAAUGAGGAUUUAGUCCAUUUAUAUCCCGGGAUAAAAGAUUUAGUAAAAAUUACACUUCUGGAAGCUGGAGAUCAUAUCUUGAGCAUGUUUGACAAAAGGAUAACUGCUUUCGCUGAAGACAAGUUUCAUAGAACUGGGAUUGAUGUGAAAACAGGAUCCAUGGUUGUGAAAGUAUCUGAGAAAGAAAUUUCCACUAAAGAGUUGAAAAAUGGAGGAAAUAUUACUAUAAUUCCAUAUGGAAUGGCUGUCUGGUCAACUGGUAUCGGCACUCGUCCCUUUAUUAAAGAUUUCAUGUCACAAAUUGGUCAGGCUAGCAGACGUGCUCUAGCUACUGAUGAAUGGUUGAGAGUUGAAGGAUGCACCAAUGUUUAUGCGCUCGGUGACUGUGCUACGAUAAAUCAGCGAAAAGUCAUGGAAGAUAUUGCAGCGAUCUUUAAGAAGGCUGACAGACGCAAUUUAGGAACACUUACUGUCAAAGAAUUUCAAGAGGUCGUGAAUGACAUUUGUGUAAGAUAUCCUCAAGUUGAGCAGUACCUGAAAAGUAAGCAGAUGCGCAACAUUGCUGAUUUAUUGAAGGAAGCCAAGGGAGAUGUUAAAAAAGAAACAAUUGAACUGAAUAUUGAAGAACUCAAAACAGCUCUUUCCAAAGUGGAUUCGCGGAUGAAAUUUCUCCCUGCAACAGCACAGGUUGCAUCUCAGCAAGGAAUUUACCUAGCCCAGUGUUUUAACCGAAUGGAAGAGUGUGAGAAAAAUCCAGAGGGUCCUCUCAGGUUCAGGGGAGAAGGUCGUCAUCGCUUCAAUCCCUUCCGGUACAAGCACUUAGGUCAGUUCGCUCCUUUGGGAGGAGAACAGACAGCUGCCCAGCUUCCUGGGGAUUGGGUUUCAAUUGGUCACAGCAGUCAAUGGUUGUGGUAUUCUGUCUAUGCAAGCAAGCAAGUAAGCUGGCGCACAAGGGUGUUAGUAGUUACAGACUGGACACGACGUUUUAUUUUUGGAAGGGACUCAAGUCGCAUAUGA